GGCUGUUAACUGGCAACCCGUUGACUGAGCCAUGUGUUAGCAGCGCUUCGUUAGCUGGCUAGUGUGCGUUGACUGGGCUGUUUUUGUUUAAACUGUUCUCACUUCUCUGACGGUUAGUAACCUCAACAGCAUCCUUGUGUACAGAUUUGCUACUGAAAACUGCUGUGGCGAAACGUCUUAUUUGCCAUUUGAAAAAAUGGCAACGAUUUCAGUCCCAGAGAACGUUAGCGUCUUUCUGCUGGAUAUUGAAGGAACCACGACCCCUAUCACAUUCGUGAAGGACGUGUUAUUUCCAUACAUCCGAGAGCAUUUGGAAGACUACCUGUCAGCGCAUUGGGAGGAGGAUGAGUGCAAGCAGGAUGUGCAUCUCCUAAAGAAACAGGCUGAGGAAGACUUAAAACAGAACAGAGCAUGCCCAGUUCAUACCGUGGACCAGACUGUGCACACAGAUGAAGAGAAAGCUAUCCGGGAGGUUGUGGAUAACGUCCUGUGGCAGAUGGCUGCGGACCGGAAAACCACUGCACUGAAACAGUUGCAAGGCCACAUGUGGAGAGCAGCCUAUGCUGCAGGGAAGAUCAAAGGAGAAGUGUACCAAGAUGUGGUUCCUGCUAUUAGACGAUGGAGGCGACAUGGUCUUAAAGUCUACAUUUACUCCUCAGGAAGCAUAGAAGCUCAGAAGCUGCUGUUUGGUUAUUCAGUUGAAGGUGAUCUAUUAGAUCUUUUUGAUGGUCACUUUGACACUAAUGUUGGUGCCAAAGUGGAGAGUAAAAGCUAUGAAAGGAUUGCAGAGAGGAUUGGCUGCUCACCAGAAGACAUUAUGUUCUUAACAGAUGUCACACGAGAGGCAAAGGCAGCAGAGGACGCCGGGCUGAAUGUGGUCGUGGUGGUGCGGCCAGGCAACAUGGAGCUGACUGAAGAGGAGAGGACCCAUUAUAAAAUCGUCACAACUUUUAGCCAGCUGGAACUCACUGGACGCGCUUGACAGACCAGAACUGAAGAGUGUUUGUCUGCAGCACUCCUCUAGUGGACUUCAGGAGAACAGGAGGUGUGGCACUACACCAUUGUUGUAGCCCGCCACAUGCGCUAAAUCAAGAUGUUAUGCACCAAGUACCAAGUGCAUUAUCAUUUUACUGACUGAACUUCCAAGGUGCUUGCCUUUGGGUUUUUUUUUGUUUGUUUGUUUUUUUUUUUGUUAUUACACAACAAACACAUUUAAGUUGGUAUAUAAUAUUCCAUUAUUCCAUGUGGGUGUUUCGUAUGCAGUAAAGCAGUGUUGAUGUGUAAUUUAUGUUUAUUAAUUAUGAAAGGGCACAUGGGUCAUGUUGUAUUUUCAGCAGUAUUAGUAUUUGUUGGUAGCCAUUCAGAUUAUAGUAACUGCAUCUAUCCCUCCAUACUCAAGUGUUAUUCCAUACUUUUUAUUAGAAAGGGGUGCAAUGUGGAAAAAUUCACAUGUACUUUUACUUUUAGAGAGGGUGUACAAAACAAUGAAAACACCACUCAUGCUCAUCGGCCAGUUUAUCAGGUACGUUUACCAUAUAGGGGUACAUACAGUUACCAUCAUUCAUUCACCAUCCCCCUCUACCCCAUCUAUCAGUGGCAAGGGCCCACAAUAGGACCACCAUUCACUGGAUUUAAUUGGGUGGUAAUUGGACAGUUCUUGGACAAUUCUUAGCACGGUGGUAAAGCUGACGUGGUGGUGAGAUACUGGCUUGACUGUAGACACGGCAGUGUUACUGGAGUUUUUAGACACUGUCUACACUAACUUUCUACUCUGUUUUAUACAUUGUGUUAGUGUACUUUGUAGAUUAAAUUAGAGAAGAUGGCUCAUCUGUUGCUGCACCGUUUAUGUUAGCCAUCCUCUAGUCCUUUAGCUCCACUGUUGGCUAGUUAUUUUUGAUUGGUAGACUAUUCUCAACCCAGCAGUGACAUUGACGCGUUUAAAAUCUCUAGCAGCACUGCUGUAUCUGAUACCCCUGUAACUCUUACUACCAUGCCAGUGUUGCUACUCUGCUGAGCAGUAAUUUCUGACCAGAGGUGGUCAUAUGGAUGUCCUUUUUCUUUGAUGGAGGGUGAUCCAGCUGAUUAUGCAGCAACUAAUGUGCUACAGUCUACUGUAAAACUAGUUAGUUAGUGUAACUAUAUGGUGGAUGUUUGUGAUAAAAUGGCCUGUGAGUAUUUCAUAUGGUGUUUCUUUUGUACUUAUACACGCCCCAUACAGUCAUAUGCAAAAGUUUUGUUGAUUUUCUAAGUGAAAAUAAUUUAACACGUCCUGUAUGGGGAACACACAUAUGGCAUUUUUCUACAAGUUGUAGUGUACACAUUCUGUUUCUUAGCCAAGUAUUAAAAAUGUAAGAAAAUGUAAAAUAUGCUUUAACUUCUACACAAGUUACAUUUUAUAUUUAUUUCUAAUACGUUAAAGUCAGCAAAGAAACAGUAAUUGUACAUAAUAAUGUGCAGAAGUGUGUUCUCUGUAGGUUAUGUGUACUUCAGCAAAAUCAACAAAACGUAAUUUGAACAGGGGUGCCCAAGCUUUUGCAUACAACUGUAUAUACAUCAGUUCUAUCACAUUGUAACUACAACUUAGAUUAUACUGAAGGAGGAAAUCAAGCAUUUCUAAUGUUCAAACCGGAGAAUUCGUUUUUUUUAUUUCCUUCCCCCCAAAGAUGGCUAAACUUUGCCAAAACAAGAUGGGCAUAGAAUGAUACAACAAGCAAAGUAAAUAUGUGUUACAAAAAACAUUUUUGGAUGAGGCUACAGUUGAGUGAAGCUGGAGCAAAUAAUAGCCUUAUUAAUGCAUGUGACCACCUUCAAAGCUAUCAGGUCUCAACUGAGUGUAACACUAAUAGAACAACCCAUGUAUUUGGAGUCAGUAUGAUCCACCAUGGUGUGACAUCUUAAGCUUGAACUUAUUUUUGUCGACUGUCCUUCAACUGUAAACAGAAGAAAGUCAUAAAGAUAUCAAAAAGCAGACACAGGUUAAGUCUAACAGAAUGCAGCUUUAAUGAAACACAGUUCAUACCUUGAAAAACACUGUAAAUGAUCAGUUAUGUCAGACAUAUUCUGCAUUGUUAUGACUGAACAUUUUUUCAUCUAGAUAUAAAAUGUGCCAUUUGUGAAAAGAAUUAGGAUUGUUUGAUAUUGUAUACUGAAAAGUGAGUUGAUGUUUCAGACAAACAAUUCAAUACAGAGUACAGAACCUGCCUUGCCGUUAUUCUUGGUCUCUUUACUAUAUAUAUAAUGUUGCCUUCAAGUGCUGUUGGAAAUACUGGUAUUACAAGUUGUGUUUCCAUGAAUGCCACCACAAUGUAGUAGGACUUUUCUGUAAGCCAUAACUUUGAGUUUAUGGGUGUCGUUAAAAAAAUUCGUAACUGUAAACCUGUUUCAGGUACUCAGCAGCUACGCAUGAACACCGCAGACAUUUUUACUCU